CAUUGACACGUGAAGAAAACACUCUCUGUGGUUGGUCUUCCUCGUACAUGAUAUCAGGAGAUUUCCUACUUAACCCGAAAACUUCUUUCAAGCAAGAUAAGGUGUAAAUCUACAGAAGAUGGGGAAACGAAGGAAAAUGGGAGGAGGAGGGGGAGGAAAAGGUGUCAGCAAAAAACAGGGUAAAGACACAAGGUUUGGCUUGGGGGAACAGAAUGCAUAUGAGAACGCCCUCAUUGACCCCAGCAGCCGGGGAUACGUGUACGAUGAAGUGGAUGACUUCGAGGAUGAAAAGGACAAAAAUGUUCUCAGCCUAACCAAAAGGCUCAUGGCUAGAAAUGAGAGCUCGAAGGAACAAGUUCUUGGCAUUGAUUCGGGAUCAUCAGAGGAAGAGUUUGAGUACAAUGACACAGAUGAAGAAGAAGAAGAAGAGGAAGAUGGGGAGCAGGAAGAGGGAGAGGAUGAAGACGAGGAUGAACUGUACAUGGAUGACGACAUUGAAGACGAAGAUGAAGAGAGGUUGCCAGAUGACAGGGCCUGGGGCAACAAAAAGUGGAGGUACAUUGGCACUGACACAAGCGAUGAGAGGAUUCAAAGGAAGCUGUACAGGCAGGACGAAGAGCUGGCAAAGCUAGAGGAAGAGACAGCCAGGAAGUUGCAAGAUCGUAUGGCUGCUGAGCUGGAAGACCUGGCAGCUGAGGACCUCAUUCCACAGGAAGAGGACAAGGGAGAGGACGACAAAAGCACACAGGUGAGAGUAGAGACAGACAUCUCAGGGCUCUCGAAAGCUAAGAAGAUGCAGCUACUGAAGAGGGAGUCGCCUGAAUUCCUUCCCCUCAUUGAGGAUAUGAAAAGCAAGUGCAAUGAGAUUCAGACCUUCCUCCGACCGCUGAUGAAGGCUAUCCAGUCUGGCCAGGUACCUGAUGGUCCUGCCCAACAGUAUAUUGUCACUAAGUAUCAACUCCUGCUCAAUUACCUCUCAGUACUCAGUGUAUACAUGAUGGUAAAGAGCAGUCAAAGUUCUGUCAGCAAGCACCCUGUUGUCGGACGGCUAGCACAGUACAGACAGCUGCUUCAGGAACUGGAGCAGUGUGACGAGAAGUUGAAACCCAGGCUGGAGAAGCUUCUCAAGGCAAUCAAGGAUGGACAUGCGCCUAAGGUUGCAAAGAAACCCAUAAAACAGAUGCGAAAGCUCCAGAUACUGAGUGGGAGGAAGCAGGAGAAGGCAGAGGAGAAAGGAGGCAGAAAGCGAGCGAGGGGAGAGACGACGAAGAGCGAGCAGCCCCUUGCCUAUUCAUUCCCCAAGGAGGAGGAGGAGGAGGACGACGAGGAGAGUUUUGCAACGCCAGGCACAGGGGGAAAGAAGAGGAAGAGAGGAGGCAAGGAUAAAAAGAAGCAGGAAGUAGUGGGGAAGGUGGUGGAUCCAGAGACCAAGCGCAGCGUCAACUACGAGAUCUCAAAGAACAAGGGCCUGACAGCGUACCGCAAGAAGGAAUUGCAGAACCCCAGGGUGCAGUACAAGAAAAAGUACCAGGCCAAGCUGAAGAAGAGGAGAGGACAGGUACAACAAGUGAAGAAAGAGCUCAAUCGUUACGACGGAGAAACUACGGGUAUUAAGGCUUAUACUGUUAAGAGCCGAAAGCUUAAAUAAAAAAGUAUAUUUGUUUUUGAUUUUAUAUAAAGCUGGUAAAUAAAUGAAAGUGUAGAUGGUUACUUGA